CGGGAAGUAAAACGGCUUUGGGAUCCACCAAAUAAUUAAAAUCUGCUAUUCUGUUCGCAACAAAUCCGCAAUUAUAUAUAUUCCUAAUUCGGUCUGCAAGUAGUUUUAGUGUGAGGAGCGUUCGCUCCAGGAGGAGUGGAGCGCUUGGCGAGGAGAAAUUUGUGGAGCUGAACUUACUGGUUGUUGUGAUUUUCUGUAUUUGUUUUGGUAAUGGCGAAGACGGCAUGGGGAGCAGGCGCCUGGGCGGCUGAAUCUGAGAGAGCUGAGGCAGAGAAAAGAGAAGCGAGCCUGCAGAAUUUGGGGGCGGGCGGAGGCGGAGAUGGGGCGGAUAGUUUUCCCAGCUUGGGUGAGGCGGUGGCAAAGACAGCGAAGCAGAAGAAGAAGAAGGGCCAAACGCUGUCUUUUUCUGAAUUUGCUUCGGGGGUUUAUGUUGGCCCCGGUGGGCGGAGCCGCUCUGGUGGCGGAGCCGCCGGAGUGGGAGUGGCUUCGGGACUGACCACGGACGAGCGCAUAUUGCUGCCCACGCGGCCCCGCGAGAGGAGCGCUGCCGAGGAGGCGGAGGGUUAUGGCACUGGUAGGCUUGGGGGUGGGUUUAGGGACUAUGGGCGAAGCAGAGAGGUGGGGCAACUUUCGAAUAGAAGUAGCGCUGGCGGCGGGGGACAGUGGGGUUCGAACAGGAGACCUUUUGAUGAGAAUAAUGAUUACCGUAAACAGCCCAUGCGUAAUGAGGAGAUGGACAUUCCCUCUCGGGCUGAUGAGGUGGACAAUUGGGCGGUUUCUAAGAAAUUGACCCCAUCGCCUCUUUCGAGGCCUGAUUAUGUGGCGUCACGGGCAGACGGCUUUGAUGAUUGGGGCGCAUCCAAGAAGCAAUCUAAUCCUCCAUCUAGGCGAGUUUACGCUGCCACAAGGGCAGAUGAGGUGGAUGACUGGGGUGCAGGGAAGAAAAGUUUGUCUGCAUCGAAUGCACCCCCUUACACUGCUAGUAGAUUUCAGGCUCCAGUUGAUGGAAGGGGGUUUGAAUCGCAACGGUCCGAGGCUAAGCCGAAGGUGAACCCUUUUGGGGCAGCAAGGCCGAGGGAGGAAGUAUUGGCCGAGAAAGGGCAGGACUGGAGGAAAUUGGAUGCUGAAUAUGAGACAAGGAGCAAUACUAGCAGGCCUACCAGUUCCCAUUCUAGCAGGCCGGGGAGCUCUCACUCGAGUCGGCCGCAGAGCCCUUUGAUCAGUUUGCAGAGUCCUUCGAGUAGAAAGCCUAAGGUGAAUCCCUUUGGCGAUGCGAAGCCCAGGGAGAUAUUGUUAGAAUUGCGUGGAAAGGAUUAUCGGAAGAUGGAUUUUGAGCUGGAGCAUAAGGCAAUUGACAGAGCUGAGACGCAGGAGGAACAAAAAUUAAAGGAAGAGAUAAAUGCUUUGAAGAAGCUUGCUGAAGAAACUGUAAGUGGUGAAUCAAAAAUGAAUGGUUUGGAUUCAAGCGAGUCGGCUAUUCAAGAAAAAAUCACCCUUCUAGAAAAAGAGCUGGAACUGCUAAUUAGAGCCCUGGAUGAUAAGGUUCGGUUUGGGAAGAAAAGUGGAGACAGUAGGCCUGGGUCUGCUGCGGGACGACCAUUUGAACAUUUAGAGAAAUUGGGGAAGAAGGAUGGAGAUAGUAGGCCUGGAUCGGCAGCAUCAGGGGGUCCUUUUGAUCAUUUACAGAGACCUUGGAAGAAAGAUGGAGAUAGUAGGCCUGGAUCAGCAGCAUCGGGGGGUCCUUUUGAUCAUUUACAGAGACCUUGGAAGAAAGAUGGAGAUAGUAGGCCUGGAUCUGGAGCAGGACACUCUUUUGAAUAUAUAGAGAGACCUGGGUCUCAAUCUGGCCGGUUUGAUGGUAGCAGGAAUAGUUCAUUUGAAUUGUCUCGAUCAAGAAGAGGUGAAGAUAGAGUUGAUGUAUGGACGAGGCCCAAUGAGGAAAGAAGAGGGAUGCGUAUGGAUAGAGAGAUGAAUUUUCCAGAUAAAAACAGGUCAAUAUCAAGAGAGAGAUGGUGAAUUUUGGCUUUCAAUGUGAUUCAUAGAGCUCUGCAUGUGCACUACUAUUUUUCCUCGUCGGUUUGGCAAGUCCAGAUCAAUGUGCAAAAUAUACACCCCUAGAAAUCGUAUCAGUCAGGAAUAACCCUUCUUUAUGUAAAAUUUGCUGAUGCUAGAGUAUUUUUACUUACAAUUGCUGGUUUUUCUAUAUGCUAUUCUAGUGAAGUUCUUUUUGUUUUUCUCCUCUUCAUUAGGUACGCAAAUGACGGUACUUCAUUCUGUUUUAGAAGAAUCACCCAUUCUUCCAUAAAGCUGGUGUUGUAAUCCAUUUUUUAUUCUGAAAUUCUUUCCAAUUGGAAUCAGCUUCAUGAGCAAAUUGAGCUUGUUGGUACUUUGCAGUUUACGGUGAGACUGUUUCACAUGGAAUGCUAUGUAUUUCAAAGAUGGUCGUAUCUUAUUAUUUUGUAAAUGGAUAUUUUUUAUUAUUUGUUUUCAAAUUUCUAAUUGAAAGAGAAUGCCCAUUUCAGUCA